AUGGCUGAAAAGCUCCCCCCUGGCCUGAUCUGUGCGUGCUUGAUCGACAGGAACCGUUCGGCAGCUCCAGCCGCGGCAAAGCAGACGAAGGCCAUAGCGGAGAAAAUCGAUGCGGAGACGGUGAUGGGACCACCUCCACAGGGCUCCAUAGCCUACACAACUCCAUGGCAGGCGCUGAAGGAGCAUGUGAAAGAGAUUGACAAGACCCAUCUGCGCGACCUUCUGGCUGAGGAGGGGAGGACCCUUGCCCUCAUCAAGGAGUACAAUGGCAUCUAUUGCGAUUUCUCCCGCCAGCGAGUCACAGAGCAGACCCUGGAGCUGCUGUACAACUUGGCAAGGGAGGCUCAGCUGCAGCAGAAGAUUGACGCGAUGUUCAAAGGGGAGAAGAUCAACACGACAGAGGGACGCCCUGUGCUCCAUGUGGCAACAAGGGCAAGGAGAGAUCAGAAGAUAUUUGUUGAUGGAAAGGACGUUGUGCCCGAUGUGUGGAAAGUGCUUGACAAGAUCAAGGACUUCUCGAAUAAGGUCCGAAGUGGCGAAUGGCUUGGAGUCACUGGCAAGCCCAUCAAGAAUGUUGUGGCGGUGGGCAUUGGUGGGAGUUUCUUGGGGCCGUUGUUUGUGCACACUGCUCUCAGGACGGACCUGACCGCGGGUGCUGCCGCGGUUGGUCGCCGCUUGCGCUUCCUGGCCAAUGUGGACCCCAUCGACGUUGCAAGAGCGCUUGACCAGCUCCGCCAGGAGGAGACCAUGGUGGUCAUCAUCUCAAAGACGUUCACCACUGCCGAGACGAUGCUCAACGCGAGGACACUGAGGACGUGGCUCACAACAGAGCUCGGUGAGGCCGCUGUUGCGAAGCACAUGGUUGCAGUCAGCACCAACAUCGAGCUUGUCACCGCCUUUGGCAUCGAACCCCAGAACGCCUUUGGUUUCUGGGACUGGGUGGGGGGCAGGUACUCUGUGUGCUCUGCCGUCGGCAUGCUCCCCCUCUCACUGCAGUACGGCUUUGACAUGAUGGAGAAGUUCCUGAUGGGAGCCAAUGACGUGGACGACCACUUUGCAAGAGCGCCCUUUGAGAGCAACCUGCCUGUGCUGCUGGGCCUGCUGUCGAUCUGGAAUGUGUCAUUCCUGGGCUAUCCUGCACGGGCCAUCUUGCCGUACUGCCAGGCCUUGGCCAAGCUCGCCCCUCACAUCCAGCAGGUGUCGAUGGAGUCCAAUGGAAAGGGCGUGGACAUCAAUGGUAAGCCGCUGCCCUUUGACGCCGGCGAGCUGGACUUUGGGGAGCCAGGGACCAAUGGGCAGCAUUCCUUCUACCAGCUCAUCCACCAGGGCCGUGUCGUGCCCUGCGACUUCAUUGGGAUCGUCAGAUCCCAGCAGAGUGUGUACCUGAAGGGGGAGAUCGUUUCGAACCAUGAUGAGCUGAUGUGCAACUUUUUUGCCCAGGCCGACGCCCUGGCCUACGGAAAGUCGCCAGUGGAGCUGCGCGCACAGAACGUCCCGGACCACCUCAUCCCCCACAGGUCCUUCACUGGAAACAGACCUUCCCUGUCGAUCAUGCUGCCAGAGCUGUCUGCAUACCAGGUGGGACAGCUCCUGUCGCUGUACGAGCACAGGGUGGCGGUGCAAGGCUUCGUGUGGGGGGUGAAUUCCUUCGACCAGUGGGGUGUGGAGCUUGGCAAAGUCCUGGCGAGCAAGGUUCGACAAAAGAUGAACGAGACGCGCACAGGCAACCGCAAGAUCAACGCAGCAGACGCUUUCAACCCCUCGACCAUGUUCAUGAUCAACAAAUACCUGGAGGGAAAGAACGUGUUGACGUACCCAGAGCCGCGCGACGUUUUCCCUGGCGACCUUCUGAAGCCCAAGGACUGA